ACUAACGACCUCGCUGUCAACGGGCGUUAAGCUGUAAUCUUUCUUCUUUAAACACGUUUCGUGCGCCUGUCUACAUGCUACGAAUUUUCUGUGCAGAUAUCUUCUACGAAGAUUAUUGCGCAAACUUGUUAUAUAUGGUCUCUUUCGUGGUAGGACAACCUUGGAAGAAAAACAUUCAAGUCGACAUAGAACAGAUUUUGUGACUCUCGCUAUUUGAAAUGCCUUGUGGAAUUUUUGAAGUUGCGUGCCGUCAAGUGUGGAUCAACCUUUUAGCGUACGGUAGAGUGUCAACUAUGCAGCAGGUCUCAAAAUUGUGUGUGUCAUUCAGCUGUCUCAGUGCCCUCUGUUUUACCUCGUAUGAUAAUUACGCGGACAAAAUAGCUUUCUUACGUACAUGGUCCAUUUAAAUUAGCGGUCAACGACAACUUUAGAUCGUCGUCAUAACACAGAUGUUGUCUCCUGCUGACAGAAUAGAAUCUUUGGUAGCAACACAAUCAUUUGUACUGAUUGCCUUAUUGAAGUUGCGUUGUGGUUUCUGAGUGCAGUGUUGGUUUCUGAAGUUAAUUAUUUCUAUUUUCUGAGUGAUAUGUGUAAUUGCGACAUGUCCAGUUAUCAAAGGAUUUACUGCAGCAUUUCUGAAGUACCACUUUAUUUUUAAAUGGCGGAGAUGAACGUGUUUCACACGACGUUUUUGUUUGGAGAGUGCCGAUUGUGAUGGUUAAGUAUUAAGAGCAAAAGUACUCAUUAUUAGAUGGGGAAUGUCUAGUAUAGCGCUCGCUAUUCAAACCUCAGCGUUCGUCAUGCCUUUGUCGCGCACGAGGUCAUUAUUAGCUAAUAUAAAUGGUGCCCCUUCUAGUACUCCGAACGAAACGCACAUAACUCAGUUAUCUGAUAGUACUACUCAGCUACCACCUUUGAAAGCUAACCACUUGGUAGAUUCGAUUUUAACGCUCAUACCAACACCUCAGUCAGUCAAUGGGCAAGCGACGCAGGUAAAUGGCGGGGUCCAAACAUUAUCAUCAGUACCAAUUAAUUCCCCAUCAAACGACGCAACAUCAACAAGUGCAACUUCUACAGCAACAGCAUCACAAAACAAAAAUGGUUCUUGUAAACCUAAGAGUAUGGUGGUUACGCCCGACCAAGUUAUGGCCACAUAUAUGAACAAACUGACCCCCUAUGAACACAUUGAAGUAUUCAACUAUCCACGUAUUUAUUUUAUUGGUGCAAAUGCCAAAAAAAGGCCAGGUAUUAUAGGCUCGCCAAAUAACAAUAGUUAUGAUAACGAACAAGGUUCAUACAUACAUGUACCGCAUGAUCAUGUAGCCUAUCGUUAUGAAGUGUUAAAAGUAAUUGGGAAAGGAAGCUUUGGGCAAGUUGUGAAAGCAUAUGAUCAUAAAAAUCACGAACAUGUUGCACUGAAGAUGGUUCGCAACGAAAAGAGGUUCUACAGACAAGCGCAUGAAGAAAUUCGUAUUCUGCAACAUUUGCGCAAACAGGACAAAGACAAUACUAUGAAUAUUAUUCAUAUGUUUGACAGCUUUACAUUCCGAAAUCACAUGUGCAUAACAUUUGAACUGCUUUCGAUCAAUCUUUAUGAAUUGAUAAAGAAAAAUAAAUUUCAAGGAUUUAGUUUGCAGCUAGUGCGCAAGUUCUCACAUUCACUGUUGCAGUGUUUAGAUGCGUUGCAUAAAAACAAAAUUAUUCAUUGUGACAUGAAGCCGGAGAACAUCUUGCUGAAACAGCAGGGCAGAAGUGGAAUAAAGGUUAUUGAUUUUGGAUCAAGCUGUUAUGAAAACCAAAGGGUGUACACAUACAUCCAGUCAAGAUUCUAUCGUGCCCCAGAGGUCAUACUGGGUGCCCGAUAUGGAAUGCCUAUUGACAUGUGGAGUUUGGGCUGCAUUUUAGCAGAACUUUUAACUGGGUAUCCAUUGCUCCCAGGUGAAGAUGAAGGAGACCAACUAGCUUGCAUUAUUGAACUCCUUGACAUGCCACCACAAAAAUUACUUGAUGCCUCAAAACGUGCUAAGAACUUUAUUACAUCUAAAGGUUAUCCACGGUAUUGUAAUGCCACAACGUUAGUCGAUGGGUCAAUACUCUUAAGCCCAGGGGUAUCACGAAGAGGAAAACAGAGGGGCCCUCCGGGGUCUAAAGAACUUCAUAGGGCUCUAAGGGGCUGUGACGAUCCAUUGUUUCUGGACUUUAUUCGCCGUUGUUUGGAGUGGGAUCCUGAUGCACGAAUGACACCUUCUGCAGCAUUACGCCAUGCUUGGUUGAGGCGAAAAUUACCAAAACCACCAGCUGACAAGACAAAUUUGCAGACCACCAGUGUAAGGACAGCUCCUUCUUCAUCAAGGAAUUCUUCAAAAGCUAAUCCUUCUGCAAAUGGUGGAUUGAGUAGCAACAAACUCAGGGUUCAAAUGUCUGAUGAAAGAGCUAGUACAGUGCACUCAAGACAUUCUCUGCAUCCAACAAAAUUACCUCAGAUUCCAACGAAUACGUAACAGCAUUUGACUUAUUUUCCACUCUUAAUUUUGUGCAUUGUUUUCUAAUUAAUUUAUUUCAACAGAGGACUGUGAAUGAAAUAUUGAUCUCUUUCUUAAAUUGUACACAUUUGCAGUGUUGUUUUCAUGCUAAAACAGUAUUGCAAAUUAUACUGAAUUGCAUAUAACAGACUUACUAUGUGCAGUCUGUUAAAUGUUAAUGUGUUGUUCCUGUUUCAUAUGUAUUGUUUGAUAUUUGUAAUGAAACCUUGGUUUCGUGACUUAUUUUACACAUUUUUAAUGAGUGUGAAGUAUUCUACAUUAGGAUGCUAUACAUUUUCUAUGUGUUUUACUUUUUACAAUCAUUGUACAUACCGUUUUUAAAGGCCAUGAACUUGUGAGAGAUCUGAGUGAUAUAGUUGAUAACCUAGGGAAAAGAACUGCACUAUCAUUGUACCAAAAGAUAGAUUCGUUUUGUAAUUUUAUAUUGAAUGUGAGAAGAUAUUAACAGUUUUAAUUUUUAAGGCCAUUUACACCUUACUGCAGUGUUCUCUGUUUCAGUAUCAUGCUGCAAUGUAUUAAUUUGCUAAUGUUAGUGAAUAGAUUAAGUGGCACGCAGUAUGCCAGUGUGGUCAUUAGCAAAUAAGAAUCUUUACAGAAAUGCAUGUCAGUGUGGUAUUAAGUUUUUUAUGCAUUGACUGAGUCAUUAUUUUAAAUGAUGAUUACACAAUGGUAAUGUUUUGUUAUUUUUGUUGUUUAUUUAUUUUAACUAACUCACUGCAUUUUAGUAUUACACUCCCAUGCUUACCAGUGUGGCUGUGUGCCCUGUAGAUUGCAGUUGUAAAUGAUGAAUGUAAGAUACCAUUCAUAUUAUUUUUGUUGCUACAAUGACGUGGUGAGCACUUUUUGAUUUUUAAAAUGGUGUGUCACUUGUAACGUUUAAAAUACUCAAAUGUUUCAUUCCAUGGGCUCAUAUAACAUUAGACAAUUAAUUAUCAUUUGAUGAAGCUAAAUUAUUGUCACCAUUGAUCUUCAGAAAGUACUUUACUAGUUGGCUUGAAUUAUCAUUUAGUAACUUAUGGUUGUGCAAUGUAUUGUGCUUUCAGGCUUUAAUGUUUUUAAUUGUUUAACUGGAUUAUCUUUACAUGCAUCAAUACCACAUAUUUUAAAGCUUGCCAUAUACAAACAUAUGUUUUGAAUUCUAAGACAAACACAUCAUAUGCCGUAUAAGAAUAUUUCUGACAGUGCUGUGCCCAUUUAGUUGUGACAUACAGCUGUGAGGAUUGUUAUCCAUGAGAAGAUUCUGAUGUUAGUUCAUCAUACACUGAUCAUGCGCAUUUUGAUGGCUGAAUAUUAUGUAAGCUUUGUGCACAAAAGCAGUAUGUAUUAAAUUCUGUAGAAGCGGGUUUCCUUAAACUUGGUUCUAAAGUAUGUUUGCUUUAUGUGCAGAUAACAGGAAGUUUAUGAAAGUUAAUGACAUCAGAAAUUAAAGUAGAGUUCUUUAUGGAAAAAAAUUCUUGGUUCUUUCACAUUAUUGAAUCCACUACCUCAUCUAGCCCAGACCUAAAAAGCUCUGUCUGCAAAAAAUGAAAAAGUUUCUGAACACUGCUGGGAAUGUGGAAACCCUGAAAACUUUCACUCCAGUUGUUAUUUAGCCAGAAAUAGAACAACUGAACAUCAUUUUGUUAUGCAUAGGUGUUGAACUUUGUUUUAAUAAUAAAUUAAAAGCAACACACAUACUGUAAGGAAAGUUCUGGCUGAAUGAUUUGAAAUUAUGUAAAGUAUUGAACUAUUACUUUGUCAUCUUUCAUUGUGAAUACAUAACAUAAUUCAGUUUCAAGAAGCUUUUGGUCUCUGGUGUUAAAUAAAGUUAUGGGCCGCGGUAUCUCAAGAAUAAUUAAGCAGUGAAGCCUGUGAAAUGUGGAGCCCAAUAAGAAACUUAAAAAAAAAAUACACAUUCAUUGAAAUGGUACAGUGUCAUUUAGAGUAAACCUGUACAGGUGUUAGUUAGUUUUUGUUUUGGUUUGCCUCCACAAGUUCCAUAAUACCUUGAAAUGUUAUCCAUCUGAAAAGUGCAAAGUUGCACUGUGGUUCGGAGUCCACGUUAAACUGUAGGUCCAACUAUAACUAGCUGGAUAAGUUGGAUCAAAAGCAAGGGCAUGGUGCCCCCAAUAGGACUAUACCUAAUUAAUCAGUAUGGUGUACAAAGCAAAUUUGAAUUGAGGACAGUUUUACUGUAAAUAUUGGAUUCACAGUGUGCAUUUCUUGUAACUUACAUGAGACUAUACUGUUAAUUAGGACAUCUGUGUAUCACUGAUUUACUCUCGACCAUUUCAAAGCAGUUUUGAAAGGAGGUAAUAAAUAAUUUUCAGUAUUUUAUGUAAUGUCUGAUAAGUAUCCAUAAGUAUAAGAAUGAAA